UCCUCUGUCGCAAUCGCACGUUUAGUCCUGACAGUGUGUGACUCCUGUUCUAUCAGCGGUGCUUUAGUGAUACCCGCCAUGCCUGGCAUUCUUCUCGGCGAGACCUUCCCUAACUUUAAUGCCGACACCACCAUAGGGAAGAUCAACUUCCAUGAAUUCCUGGGAGGAGAAUGGGGUGUUCUCUUCUCACAUCCCCGGGAUUAUACCCCUGUCUGCACAACAGAACUGGGUCGGGCAGUGAAGUUGGCUCCGGAGUUCAAGAAACGUAAUGUCCGUCUGAUCGCCUUGUCCAUAGACUCUGUAGCAGAUCAUCUCGUUUGGAGCAAGGACAUAAAUUCAUACAACUGUGAAGAACCCACAGAAACUCUUCCGUUUCCCAUUAUUGCAGAUCCUAAACGGGAAUUGGCUAUCAAACUGGGAAUGCUUGAUCCAGAUGAAAAGGACAAUGAAGGGAUGCCAGUAACUGCUCGAUGUGUGUUCGUCAUUGGACCUGAUAAGAAAAUGAAACUAUCUAUUUUGUAUCCAGCCACCACUGGAAGGAAUUUUGAUGAGAUCUUGAGGGUUGUAGACUCUCUUCAACUGACAGCACAUCACAGUGUUGCAACUCCUGUAGACUGGAAGCCUGGUGAUAGGGUCAUGGUGCCACCGAAUUUAUCUGAGGCAGAAGCUAGAAAGUUAUUUCCUUCCGGAGUAUUUACAAAAGACCUUCCCUCUGGCAAGAAGUACCUGCGCUACACCGAACAGCCAAACUAAUACGUUCCUAGAGAUUGUCUUGAUGAGGCUGAAUCAAUCCAAAUGAUUUCCCUGUAAAACAAUGUACCUGUCUUGUAAAGAGGAAAGGGGGAGGGGGGACAAACUGUAUUGACAAAUCUCUGCUUGAUCUGUAUUUGUCUUUGCAAAAAGUGCCAAAAAUCAUAUUCACACUCUGAAGAGAACUUAAUUGUGACUGGUGUAGAAGCAUUUUCUAUAUGAAUCAGUUUUACAAAGCAUCCCAAUUUAACUUUGUAUUCCAAGCACUUGAAGGACAUUUUGUAGUCAUGUUUAUAUAUGAAUAAUACAAGUUGGGAAACCUAAGAGUGCCUUUCUGACUUGCAUCAGUGCAUUGACUAUCAGAAAUGUACAUUUAUAUUUUUAAUUCACACCAAAGAUGACUUGCAAUGGAAGAGGGUUGUUAAAGUAUAAAAAACUAAAAAUAUGCAUUAUUCAUAUCUAUUUACUUUAUUUCUGGAUUUUGAAUAAACCUGACAAUCUGAAAUCAAA